AUCUGAGGAGACCAAAAGUUGAGACAGACCAGAUCAUCGGGAGGGAGGCAGAAGACAGAGACGAGCAGAGUGGAGGAUCAAGAGGCUAGUGAUCUGCCCAUAGACAGACACUCGUCAGUCUGAGACCCCUGCCUCCCCCAGUCCUAUCCAUCUCAGUCAUUCUGACCUUUACUAGUUUGAGUGCUAGGAAGCCCAGCUGGAUGCAGGCUGCUUGGCUUUUAGGGGCUCUAGUGGUCCCUCAGCUUUUGGGUUUUGGCCAUGGAGCCCGAGGCCCUGGGAGGGACUGGGAGGGAGGCUGGGGAGGUGCCCUGGAGGAAGAGCGAAAGCGAGAAUCACUGAUGUUGAAGGAGGCCCUGGAGCUGCCCAUUGGGAUGGGAAGUAAUGACAGUCUUGCUGGAAAUUCUAAAGGUGAAGAGGUGUUGGGGACCAAGGAGACCCAAGGGGAAGAAGAGGAAGAGGAAACCACAUCACCUAUUUCCAGUUCCAACCCUUUCCCCAGCCCUUCUCCCACACCAGAGGACACCAUCAGUUACAUCUUGGGCCGCUUGUCCGGCCUGGAUGCAGGCCUACACCAAUUGCAUAUUCGACUGCACACUUUGGACACCCGUGUGGUCCAGCUGACCCAGGGACUGCGGCAGCUGCGAGAUGCUACAAGUGAUACCCACGACUCCGUGCAAGCCCUAAAGGAGGCACAGGUCCGGGCUGAGCAGGAGCACGGCCGCCUGGAGGGCUGUCUGAAGGGCAUGCGCCUGGGCCACAAGUGCUUCCUGCUCUCGCGGGACUUCGAGACCCAGGAGGCCGCGCAGGCGCGGUGCAAGGCGCGGGGCGGGAACCUAGCGCAGCCGGCAGACCGCCAGCAAAUGGAUGCGCUAGGCCGGUACUUGCGCGCUUCGCUCGCCCCCUACAACUGGCCGGUGUGGCUGGGCGUGAACGACCGGCGCUCGGAAGGGCUCUACCUUUUCGAGAACGGACAGCGCGUGUCCUUCUUCGCCUGGCACCGCGCGCCCAGCCCGGAGCCUGGCGCCCAUCCUAGCGCGGCAUCACAUCCACUCAGCCUGGAUCAGCCCAAUGGCGGCGUCCUGGAGAACUGCGUGGCACAGGCCUCAGAUGACGGUUCCUGGUGGGACCAUGACUGUGAGCGGCGCCUCUACUUCGUCUGCGAGUACCCUUUCUAGAGAGCCAGUCCUUGCCUCAGAGCUCUUAAGACACAUUCUUCUCCGCGUACCCUGCUGUCCGGGAUCGCUCAGAGGUUUAUAAUAACCAUGAAUAAAUUUUAAUAAGAAAAGGCUUUUUAUUUUAGAUAUUUGCACCCAGGGUGGUUGAGGCCAGGUGUGCCCUUGAGAGAACUCCAAAGAUGCAGCCCCUAGCCGUAGCAGCCCAGAGCUUUAUCCGCAAGAUUACACGUAGUGCCUACGUGUAGGGCAGGGGCUUAUUUGCAGUCGUCCUGGUCAUCUUUUGGGUAGACUAAGCAAGUUUGAUUACAAAAGCAGAGAUAGCAGUCUUACUAUCUUGCUAGAACAGCACAUUUUACAAGAUCGGUCACUUUAAGAGAGUCUCACAUCUGGGAAGUGGGCUGACAGGAGCUCAUCCUGUUAGGCACUCUCUGCUUUUGGUCUCUCAGGCUGAGUAAGUCUAAACUUUUCAGUGUAAUGUUUACCACCCCACCUACAUCGUGGGCCCUGAGCUCCACGCUGUAUGCCUGUGCUUUGCACCCUAUAUAAUGUACCAUGCAUCUUGAACCUUCCUUGGGCCCCGAAGUGCUACCAAUCCUGGAUGGUUGGGCUCCCCUGAGACAUAGCCUAUGCAGCCUCCCCAUGUCCCCAUCUGUCCUCGAAGCUUCAAGCUCCCAGCUAAGCUCAGUGCCAAUAAAUCCUUCCAUAAUAUAAUUUGAGGGACUGUGGAGACAUCUGACCUUUAUUUUGCCUGGGGAGAAUCAGGAAGUACCAGACCCUGACUUUGGAUACUUGUACUUGUCUUUUUAAAAUACAGAAUGUUGGAGAGCACAUGCGCACAGGAACACAUAGUUGUGCACAGAUGUUUGGUGUACUCAUGCACCCACGCAGAUGCCAACAUCCCUAGCAUGCUUCCUCGGGGGCCUUUAGGAGCUGAGCCCCGUCACUGCUCCUCAGCAGAGAGAUAAGGUGUGCUCUAGGUCCUGCCGUUUAAUCUUGUUUUGUGUUGACCAGGGUUCUCAGACCUGCUUUCCCUGGGCAUCAAUUCAUCAAGCCCAUUCCAGAGAGGAGAGGCAUCCACUCCAACCUUACGCCUCACAACUUGCAGAGCAUGCAGUCAGACAGGGGGAACACUUGGGUUCCCUCAGUUACUUCCUAUCCUGGAAGCUAGGUCAGUCUUCUCUUGGAGCCCAGGUCUCAUGCAGGUCCUCUAGCAAGCCCCACCUUCUCCUUCCAUGUGGUGUUGGCCUACAUUUCCCAGUAUGCCUGAGGACCAUAGAUCAGCUGUCUCCAACGAAAACUGAAUUCUCUCCAUCCACCGGGCUUGCCCCAUGCAUCUAGGGAAAUGUAGUCCAGUCCCUUGAUGGUUGCAUAGUAAUACCUUUCCAACAAGAGUUCAAACAAACAAAAAAUUGGAAAACUUGUGAAUUUUCAUUGACAGAUGGUAACAAUUUUUUAAAAGUGAAAUUGCUUCAUAUUAAAUAUAUACAUAUGUGUAGGAAAUGGUUACAAAAUUUGGGUGUUAACUAUUGAUCCCAAAGACCACCAUCCUAAAUCAUGGCUAAAUUAAUAAAAGUAAACAAGCAAUUAAA